CGGCCUCCCUACUCGAACCGAGGUGAUAAAAUGAAUUCGGACUCUGGUUCGAGCAGAUCCUCCUCGCCGGACGUGGACGAGAUGUACGCGCGCAAGAGUUUCGCGUCCUCGGGCCAGAACGAGUUCACAGCCAUGGCCAGUGAGCACUUGUCGCGAGCCGCCGGCGUGGACAGAACAUCAGCGAGCGUCGCCAGCAAAUACAAGCUCAAGAAGCAAGUCACCGAGGAGGAGAUGCAGCAGCUGCGCCUGAAGAUCAACGGGCGGGAGCGCAAACGCAUGCACGACCUGAACCUGGCCAUGGACGGCCUGCGAGAGGUCAUGCCGUACGCGCACGGGCCGUCAGUGCGAAAGUUGUCCAAGAUCGCCACGCUGCUACUGGCGCGGAACUACAUCCUAAUGCUCACCAGCUCUCUGGACGAGAUGAAGAGGCUGGUGGGAGAGAUCUACGGCGGUGGCCAUCACGCAGCCUUCCAUUGCGGCGCCGCGGCGAGUCACGGGACCGCGCACGCGCCCGGUCCCGCAGCACCCACGGUGCACCACGCACUGCUCGGAGGCGCUCUAGCACCGCCUACAUCCUCCGCCGCCGCUCUGUCUGCCGCUCUGCCCGCGCUCGGCUCCAUUCGGGCGCCUCAGACCUUGAUGAAAACGCCACCGACGCCUCCGCUCCAAGUUGGCACCGGCUUCCAGCACUGGGCAGGACUGCCGUGUCCCUGUGCCAUCUGCCAGGUGCCGCCACCCGUCGCACACGUGCCCAUCACCUCCACGGGACUCACGAGACUUUCCGCCGACAAGGAGGCGAUGAAGUGACUAUAUCCAAAUGUCAUCAUGUAAAUUGUAUAUGGGCUGGACUCGAAGAAAAAAAAAAGUAAAUUGCAUGAUGUGUAUUGUUUGUAUAGGUGCUCUUUUGUUUAUUUUAUUUUCACGAAAUCAGAAUUCACUCCUUGUAACAAGGAUCUGGUCAAAUGCAUUGUAAAUGAAUUUGCUUGCGCGUACUUAAUCUACUGUAAAUAAUCUGAAGGCACACUCUGAAGAUCUACAUGUUUAAAUGUUAGCUGCGCUUUCAAAUGUUGCUUUGUUGUUGUUGCGAGCAACAGUGCUUGUUGAUGGUGAAAAUGUGUGAGGAAAGUUGGAUGCGCAUCUUUACGCAAGAAGGGCAAAAGGAAGUUCAUGAAGUGCCGUGUGUUCCUUGUAACAAGGAUUGUCAAAGUCUCACAGGAGAAAACUGUGCGACUGUGUUUUGAGUUUGAAAAAGAAAUCGUAUGUUUGUCUGUUUGACGAUUUUAAUGUAUGAAGUGUGAAAGCAAUUGAACUCGGCGUGACGUUUUGCUGUGCGCGUUCAUGUGUUCAAUAGGUUCCAUUUCUUUCCGCAUGCCCGUCGGGUUAAAGCAGUUUCUAUACCUACAGCAUGAUUUCUAUCUUUCUGUUUCUUUUUUUUCAAAAUCCAAAAUCAAAUUUUGUGCUUUUUUUGGUUUUGUUUUGCCAGAGACUACUGCCGUCUUUAUUUUUGUAAAUUCUUGAUGAUAAAUGAGAUAUUUAUU